CCCCAUGGCUCGCUUCUUCUCCGGCGUCAAGAUCACCUCCGGUCUCGUUUCCGAUGGACUUUCUAACGCUCUCAUCAGGCGUGGAUAUACGGCGGAAGCAAUGGCGGCGUCACAAAGAGCGGCGAGGGAUGACGGAAUGAUGAAGAAGGAGGAACAAGCAGAAAGGAGUAGAGAGAAGGUGGCGUGGGUUCCAGACCCGGUCACCGGCUACUACCGGCCCGAGAACUACUCCGAUGAGAUCGACGCUGUCGAUCUUCGUGCUAUGAUGAUGUUGCAGCGAAGAAGAAAAUUUAUUGAACAAAAUGAAUAAAUUUGGAU